UUUACAACUGUCGUAUAAAGCACAAUUCCUCUACUGUGCGGAAGAAAAUGAAGAACUUCUGUAUUGUCCGUCAAAAAAUAUGUUUUUAUGGCUAAAAUAGAAAUGACAGCUGAAGGAAGAGCAGAGGAUGACCUUUAAAAGGACGGUUUUGGUGACGGGCGGGUCUGGAUUUAUUGGCUCUCAUCUGGUAUGGUCGCUGGUCGCCGGUUACCCAGAAUGGAGGAUUAUUAACUUGGAUAUUUUGGAUUACUGCUGCAGUCCCAGGAGUCUGGACGGGCUUGAAAACAGAGACAAUUACAUUUUCAUUCAGGGAGACGUGUGUAACCCUCAGUUGGUGAAUCAUAUCUUCAUCACUGAAAACAUUGAUGUCAUCUUUCACCUGGCAGCUAAAACUCAUGUUGAGUCUUCGUUCGAGUGCCCCUCCGUUUUCCAGCGGGUCAACGUCGACGGAACCAGGGUUCUACUGGAUGCCGCCCACCGGGCUCCACACCGGCCGCAGCGCUUCAUCUAUGUCAGCACGGACGAAGUGUACGGAACCAGCCUGGAUGAGGCAUUUGACGAGGGCUGUCCGCUGAGGCCCACCAAUCCGUACGCUGCUACUAAAGCAGCUGCUGAGUAUCUGGUCAGGUCCUACUGGGACAAGUAUCAGUUUCCAAUUAUUAUCACCAGGAGCAACAACAUCUACGGACCCAGGCAGUUUACAGAGAAGGUGAUUCCCAGGUUUCUCACCUUGCUGCAGAACAACAACAAAUGCACUAUUCAGGGAACCCUGGCCAUGUCCCGCCACUUCCUGUUCGUCAGCGACGCCAUCCAGGCCUUCCUGCUGGUUCUGGAGAAAGGGACGGUGGGCGACGUCUACAACGUGGGAACAAGCGUCGAGAUUCCCAUCGUGCAGCUGGCGAGGGAACUCGUUAGGAUGGUAAAGAACGUGACUGAAUCUGAAGUCAAUGACUGGAUUGAGUUCGUCUCCAGCAGGCCGCAGGUCGACCUUCGUUACCCAAUCAGGAGUGAGAAGCUGCAGCGGCUGGGCUGGAGAGCAGAGACGUCCUGGGCUGAAGGCAUCAGACAAACAGUGAAGUGGUACCAAGACAACCCAGACUUCUGGUUGGACGUCAACGAGGACCAGCGAAUCAGAAAAGAGCCUGAAAAAGCCUCAAACACAUGACCAGGCGCAGUUUGUCCUGCAGCUUGACUGACAGGAACACCCGUUUCCCUCUCCAUGAGACUUGGAACACAGCUCUGGAUGAUCAUUCAGCUCAGGAACAAAAUUAAUGUUAAUUAUGUUUUGAAUGUGCCAGACGACAGUAAGGCUGAGCCCAACUGUUGCCGCCUGUAAAUCAACGCCUCGAGUUUUUGUAAUAAAUUAUUUUUGCUCAUUAUAAGACGAGCAUUUGUCCUCUUCUUGUGCUCAUCAGGGUGUUUAACGGCGAAACGACAGGAAGAAACCAACCCAGACACUGAUCACAUCUGCAAAUCCAAACCUUUAAUUGUGGUAAAAUCGGAAUAGUUGCACAGAUUUUUUUUUUUUAUUGAUUUUUUUUUGUUCGUUUUUUUUCGUGCAGUGCUCUUCGUGCACACUUGCUAAACUAAUACAUAAAGCAAAUACUAACUACCAGGCUGGUGCUUCUGCUAGAUCACGUCGAGCGGUCUGGCCAAUCAGUGAUGAAGACAGCACUGGGCUCCCAACGUCUUUUAAAUACACCCGCUAAAACAACAGUCACUCAGAAACAUACCCCCACUUUUUUAUUACUGUUAUUAUUAUUUAGAUUGCAGUUUUUUGUUUGUGUUUUUUUGCUGUUUUUUGUUUGUUUGUUUUUUACAGAGAAAGUCACAAAGUUGUUUUUGUGCAAUUAGUUUGCUCAAAACAAACCAGAACCACAAAAAAAAAUAAAAGAAAAAAAAGUUGUUUUUUUUUUUAAAAAAAGUAAAAAAAAUGUUUCCUGACUGGCCAGAAACUCUCCUGUGACAGCAUCAAUGCACUUGUUGCCUGAAAAUAUGCAAAUCACAACAACGUAGCAAUAUAACCACAGUCAAUUCUGCGUGAUGGAGACUUUAAAGACGGCCACUUGCCAAACAUUCACAACGAGGGUGUUAACAAGAAGAGGGAGAAGGGGAGUUACAAUUCCAAAAUAAAAAUAAUAAUUUUAAAAGAAGUCACUAAAAAGUAAAACUGACUUGACGAGAAUAUGGAUACUUUUUUUUUGUACUGCAUGUUACUUUUUUCUUAUUUUUUACAAAAUGGUCUUUAAUCAUAACAUUUUAAUAUUUUUAAUCCAAACCUUGGCAUAUUUGGAACUUAUUCAAAUCCGUUUGCCAAUCGGAGAUCGUUUAAAUGCUAAUAUUAGCGACGGAGCCUGUCGCACAAACAGGUUUAUGGAUCAUAAAUAUGACUUAAGGUAACCUGUGCGGGGUGUUUCACUUCAUAUUGUCACGGUAACAUGCAACACGACGACCAGUGCUUCACUGAGACGCAGUUCUUGGAACAAUUUUGACUUUAUUUCAUUAACAACGGAUGAUAUUUUCUGUUUAGAAUUUGUGUGAUUAGAAUAAAUAGGCUCUGGCCAAGACUUUUAAUAUUAACAGAUGGUGACGGUAAUAAAUUUGGUUUUAGGGUGAACGUGAAGGAAAAAGUAAAGGGAUUUCUUCGGAGGGACCUGAACGCCUCACAGGUUCCCGUCUUAAGUAUGGAAAUAAUAAACCAGAGUGAUUUUGGCACUCUCCAAAAGAAAGCACAAACCAGCACUUCCUGUUACAGUGACAUAAUGAGUGUGAAACCCCCACUCAUUGCAUCUUUAUUUAUUUUUUUUUUAACAUUAAAAAGCUCACACUACCCCAGAAAAAUAGAGAUUUCUUUUUUUUUUUUUGUCUCCACUCAUACCAACGACAUUCAACAUUCAAGUGCCAGUGUUUUUGUUUACUGUCUUUUGGUCAAGUCACUUUGUAAAACAUCAGCUUUAUGUAUUUAGACUUACAAAAAUAAACGUAUCGCCCCAAAAAUGCUUGAUAAAUUACACAAACUAGCAGCGAAAGUCGACUCAGGAACGCGGCAAAAAACAGUUGAAUCCUACAGUUGCUGUUGACUAGAGCUCCACCUGGUCCCAUGGAAAACAAACAAAAACACCCCCAAAGAAAAGAAGAAGUUAAAAGUAAAAACGGUUUCCUAUCUGGAAGGACCUUUCCUUACAACAAACACAAGCCACAUUAAACUGUGGGCAAACUUCGCCUGGCCGUGCUACACGACAGAUACCUUCAGUCGGAAAACCUCUCGGAGGCGUGAAGGAUGUGUGCUACAUAAGACUCAACACAAACAAGCCUUAACCAAACAGUAUUUUAGGCAAAACUGUCGAUUUAAAGUCAUUUUACAACAGGGAGGCCUGCAGGCCGCAGCAAUGGGAGCAUAGCACCAUUAAUUGUUCUUCAUGUCUUUUAAAUAAAUAAUAAUAAUAAAAAAAAGCACUCUUGCGAAUAACUUAGAGAGCACAGAGUCAUCAGCGUAAAUGAUGAGCGCAUCAGGAACAAACAACCUUCUGCUCCUUUAGGGCUGGGUAUUCACCACUAAUAUAAGGCAUCAAUGGGUUUUAGAAACGACAAUUUAAAAAAUUAAAGUGCUGGAUUUGGAAAUGAGAAGGGUUUUAUAGUAAAAAAAAAAAACAAAAAAAACUGAGUAUUCUUGAAAUGAUCUGAAUAAAUUAGCUAUAUUUAUAUCUUACGCGCACACUCGGUAAGAGGGUGUGUGGGGAGGGGAGAGGGACGGGGAAUAAAUGCCUACAAUGGAUUCUGCAUAGGUACAGGUCAAGUGUAAACUCGCAAUACUUGUACAUGUUGCAAUAACUGCAGUUAGCAUGUUAGCAGUUUCUAAAUUAGCGAGAAAUCCUACACGGGAUUUGCAGGCGUUUAAAUCUUUUAAAGUGCUAGAUGUGUUGGUAGUAGUGCCGGAAACGAUAGCGAGAGCCACUGAGAGUCGGCCUUGUGCGACUCCAAUUGGGACUAUAAAGAAUGACCAAAAGUUUCUGAAGAAAUGUGGCUAGAAAGCCCAAGAAUCUGUUCAAGAUGGAACAUCAAUGGCACAAAAUAAUUUUACACGCUUUGAGCAGCACCUGAAUUAAUUUGUGCCUGAUUUACGUUUGAAAGAACUUGUGCCAAAUGGCUGCUUUAUUGUAGAGCGAAUGCAAAACCUACCAGUACUGAAAUUUAUUGAACUUUGUAAAGUGGCGACACAAGAAUAAACUAAUUUAUUUCUUUUCUUUUGGUACAAAAAAGCAUUAAAUGAGACCCGCCAGCUUUGAAGAUGGCAAUCUCUCUAAAUGCCCUUCUGGUUGUUGCAAUCGUACCUUGAGGUAGUCAAUCUGUGACAUUCACAUGCAGAGUUAUAACAUUUACACGCCUACAGUUUCAUAUCGAGAGAGCAAUAGUUUGGACAUCGUAUCCAACCGAAAACAUACCCAGCCCUAACCAAUGUGUGAGUCAGUAAUUCAGUCAUUACAAGGCACUAUGCACAUUUUGGAAAAUUGGAUGUUAGCACGCAGCACGCUAACAGUUUUAUUUAAAUGUAGCAAAAAUAAUAAGAAGAUAAGUUUGAAAUAAAUACCAAGAAAUCUAAGUACAUAAUCUGAGCAGAACAGAACUUUUUUUCACUUUGGUAGAAAUUUGAGUGCCAAGCAGUAUUUAAGGUUUGAGAUUCAGGGCACAGUGGUAGUGAAGCAUUGCUCUAGCUCGAUUUAUUUGGCAAAUGCGACUAACAGUGAAUUUUGCUCAUGAGACGCACAUGCAUUGCAUAUCCGACUUCUAUUGGACAAGAGUGGCCUAUAAACAUAAACGCUAAACAUUUCACUUCCACUGUUCAGAAUUUAAAAUAAAAUUAGUAUAUCAAAACAUGCAGCUGCCAACAAAGUGCUUAUUCCUUCAUUGCCCCCUAGUGGUCAGUAGAAGGCACAGCAGCUUCUAGACCCCGCACUGUACUCAAUCAAGGAACGUGAUCCAAGCAUUUAGAACAAUAACACAGAAGUUUAAAGAACGUCUGCUUGGAAGCAGCAGCCGCUUUGGAUUCAAGUAACAAACACAGACAGUAUCCCUACUCAGACAGUAAAUAUAUCAACAGUAACACCGCUCACCGCAAGGUCAAAGUUCCAGGUUGGUAGUGGAGGACAUUUCCAACAGCUCAAUAGUGGUUUCAGUUCUGGGAAUUUCAUCAUCGUGGAAGACGCGGGUUGAAGUCGGGGCGGCUGCAUGACCAAACCUCCGCAUGUCGAGAUGUGCGGCUAAAUGACUGAACACGCAACGGAAAGGGUUCUGUUCACGCGGGAAUUUUAAACUUGAUUGUCAUUAGCAACUUAUUGUACCUUUACAGAUUCUAUCUCGGUGCUGGUUAUUUGCUGAAGAAGUUUAAUGUGGAGACUAUCAACCAUUGCUGCAUGAAAAACAAAACCCUGAUAGGCUAAAAACAUCCGAGCAUAACCAAGUGUUGGCGCUCUUAAUUUAACCAGACUUCAUUAAGGGCCAUUUAUUUUUGACAAAUAAAGCCGAGAAUGCAACUUACAUUUUUUAUUUUUUUUUAUUAUUUAAUAAGUGGAUAUAAAGAGCAACUAAUAAGACAAGGUGGAGUGCGACGUUCCAUCCUGUAAAGGCAGUCCUCUAUUCUCAGUGGAAAACUCUUUGUUUAUCGUGAUAAAGCCAACUAGUUUCCAUUACAUCCCGGCAGAGCAGAUGUGAGGGAACUGGAGCUAAAGAAUUACAUGUUUAAAAGAAACGGAAGAAAAGUAAAAUUUAAAUAAAACAUGCCUGGUAUUUUUCACUAAAGCCUGCUUUAGAUUUAGAGCAGUCUGCUCUGCAUUCUUAACUCCUUGACCAAAAAAACAACAACACUUGCAUAUGUUUUAUUGUCUUGGUCCGGCUUUGUCAGAGGCAGUGGGCAAUUUAGGAAGUUCUGAGCCCAAAUUAACGAAUUAUACUGCUGGAAACGCAACUCAUCUCCGUCCACCGCAGCUCUGAACAAAGCUUUCCAGACAAAGUCUGGUCCGUGUUGAGUGAUCCGAGUUUUACACGCCUCUAAUCCGUCACAUUUUCUGUGGAAAUCCCUCUGGUUUCGCUUUAAGUUUGCAACUAUUUACAAGUGUUUUUUUUUUUUUUCAAUCAAGUAAACGAAGUGCAGAUAAUGUCGGCGCAGAGUCGGUUUGGCAGAGUCUGCGACAGAGCCAAGCAGGACUUCCCCGGGGAUGCAGCUUUUCCACCAGCACAUUUUAGCAGCUCUGGUUCGGACUGCUUUAACUUAACCAGUUAAAGCAGGGUUAAAGUUUAGAGGACAUUUAAAUUGGAGAGGGGAAAAAAAGCCUCAAAAAGAAGGUGAGAAUGUUUUUUAACCAGGUGAUACCUCUGCAAAAUGAUGGGGGGGG